GUUACGAGUAAAUCUACAGUAACGUAACCAUAUAGCAACAAUGAAAGUGGUUCUAGCUGUCCUCCUUGUGGCUGCCGUGGCAGAAGCUCAAAAUCAACGUAUCGUAGGUGGUCAAGAUGCUGAACCUCAUAGUCACCCGUGGCAAGCGUCUCUUAGACGUCGAGAUGGCAAUAGCUGGUCACAUAUUUGUGGUGCUGUGAUGAUUAGCAGAAACUGGGCUCUAACUGCCGCUCACUGUAUCGACUCGUCUGCUUCUGAUCUUCAAGUAGUAGCUGGUGGCCACUUCUUGCAAACUCCCUCGCAAUUUGAGAGAGCAUCAGUUGCUUCACGAGUUAUUCAGCAUCCAAGUUAUGAUCCAAACAGCAUUGGCUAUCCUAAUGACAUUGGUUUGGUUGAGCUUAUAACACCCAUAGAUGAAAAUGAUGGCAUUACAUACGCCACUUUACCGCCAAAUGAUUCCAAUGAUUACAGUAAUGUUGCAGAGUGUUAUAUUACUGGCUGGGGUCGAACUUAUGAUGGAGGGCCAUUACCUAAUGCUCUUCAGGUAACCCGUACUAACAUUAUAACCAAUUCCGCAUGUCAGAGUGCUCUUGGUUUCACUGGAUUCCUGGGAGUUCGAUCCACCAAUAUCUGUGUUGAUGGUUCUGGUAGCAGCUCCGCUUGUAACGGUGACAGUGGUGGUCCAGCUGUUUGUAAUGUUAAUGGUGAAAUGCACGUGGUAGGAGUCACCUCAUGGGGAUUAAGCGGAUGUCCUGUCGGCACUCCAUCCGUUUAUACACGAAACAGCAAAUAUCUUAGCUGGAUCAGGGGUUACACUGGUUGA